AUGUCUAAUCCGACACUAAUCUUUAGCUCAGUGCCCUCAGGGCGCUUUCCUCAGUCUGGAAAAGACCUGUUAGUGAAAGACCUACCCUUGCCCGACGGGGAAGGCGUGCUGGUCCGCAUCCAGCUGGCCUCUCUUGACCCAUUUCUUCGCUCGCAGCUCAGGGACCCUUCCUCCGCCUGGACUUACACUCCCGCGCUGCCCGUUGGUGAGCCAUUGUGUACGAGCGCCGUAGGCACCGUCGUGCGGUCUGACGCCGUCCAUGACCUCCCUGUCGGCGAGACUGUGUGGCUCGCCAGGGUCCCCUUGGCGCAACAUGUAAUCCUCGAGGUGUCAAUUGCUGCUAAUCGUCGCCUGGUGGUGCCCAUCGGGGGACGUGUGAAGGGGUACAGCCUUGAUGCGGGUCAUUGGCUGGGUGUCCUUGGUGUUCCCGGACUCACAGGCUUCGCCGGCCUCUACGAGUGCGGCCGGCCUAAGCCCGGCGAAACCAUCUUCGUCAGCUCGGCAGCAGGGACAGUCGGUCUGACGGUGGCCUACUUUAGCAAGCGAGAUGGGCUCCGCGUCGUGGGGUCGGCCGGCUCGAUCGACAAGGUCGACUGGCUCCGGCAAACUGGCCUGUUCGAUGAUGCCUUUGUCUUCAACCGCCAAGAGAGUCACGUAACGGGUGAGUCGAUGUUGCGCCGCGUCGCUCCGGAAGGGCUCGACAUUCACUUUGCAAGUGUUGGCGGUGCUCAGUUGCGCGCGGCAGCGGCAUGCAUGAAGGUUCACGGGCGGAUCGUCGUGUGCGAUGCCAUCGACGAGUAUGGUAAUAUUGGAGGCGCAGACGACGAGCCUGGCUGCGAUACGGCACCGGUUUCUCUGUGGCUCUGGCAGCCUGUUGUCUAUAAGAGGCUGACAAUCAGCGGCUUCCUCAUCACUGAUCUGGCCGGCAAGUACAUGGCGACCUUCCAGCAGCAAAUGCAUAAGGGCAUAGAGAAGGACGGCGGACUCCCGAGGAUUGCGCCGCUGCAUGUAGUCCGCGGGCUGGAAAAGGCGGCAGAGGCGUUUGGGGAUCUUUUCCGCUGUGGCAAGGUCAUGGGCAAGCUUCUGGUUCAGUUAUCUGAAUCUUGA